CGGGCCGCGGGGGCCGAGGGGCCGCCGGGCCGCCGGGGGGACGGUGGGGCGGGGCGGGGCGCGCGCGGAGGGCCUGGCUGGGCGCCCCCCGCGGCCCGCCGCCAUGGACCCGUUCCUGGUGCUGCUGCACUCGGUGUCGACCGGCCUGUCGAACGACGAGCUGACCGAGCUCAAGUUCCUGUGCCGGAGCCGCGUGGGCAAGAGGAAGCUGGAGCGCGUGCAGAGCGGCCUCGACCUCUUCAACGUGCUGCUGGAGCAGAACGAGCUGGACUCCGAGCACCCCGAGCUGCUGCGCGAGCUGCUCGUCUCCCUGCGGCGCCAGGACCUGCUGCAGCGCCUGGACAGUUUCGAGGCGGGCGCGGCGGGCAGGGUCCCGCCGGAGGAGCGAGACCUGCGUGCCGCAUUUGACAUCAUCUGUGAUAAUGUGGGGAAGGACUGGAGAAGACUGGCCCGGCACCUUAAAGUGACGGACGUCAAGAUCGAUGCCAUCGAGGAGAAGUAUCCCCGCAACCUGACAGAGCAGGUGAGGGAGUCGCUGAGAGUCUGGAAGAGCACCAAGAGGGAGGACGCGACAGUGUCCCACCUGGUGAGGGCGCUCAGGGCCUGCCAGCUCAACCUGGUGGCCGACCUCAUCGUGGAGGAUCAGCAGGCCCGGGGCCUCGAGGACGAGGACGUGAGCGGUAGAGGUGGUGGCAGCAGCAUCGCUGGGUCCCUGACAUCCUGCGACUCAGAUGGGCCCACCUUGGGGGCCCCCUGGUGACCCGGCUGCUCUGCUCCAGGGGCCCGAGGGCAUCCGCACAGCCCGAACUUGGGGCCCCCGCACCAAGGUUGACCAAGUGCCUCCACGCGCUGGUGCUGUGAAGACCUAGCAGUGAGCCAGGACGAGGGACCCCAGGGCUUGAGGCACGGCUGGCCUCUCCGAGCCAGCCUUCACUGAGUGCUUGCUCCAUGCCCGGCGGGGCUUCGGGCGCUGUGCACAUGCUCUCAUUCCUGCCUCAUGACCGCCCUUGAGGGGGAGAGUCUUUUGUCCCUGGAAAUGAGUCCCUGCAGGAGGAAGCUUUGGGUCCGUGCCCAGCACGAGAAGGAACGUCGGAGUCAGCAGUGAUCAGUGUUGGUACUCUACAGGUGGGGGCCCCGUGUGCGGUCAGCAGCGGGAGGAAGUCCGUAGCAGGGGGCGAGCCGAGGGUGGAGCCGAGGCUGUCAGGCUCCAGAGCCCACACGGUCGCCCCUGGGUCACUCUGUUGCUGCCACAGUUGGCCAGAGGCUUUGAGGCCAUCCACGUAGACCUGAACACCAGGGGAUGCCCAGUGGGCUCCUGGCCCUUGAGGGUGUCAGGAGGGGAUAGUAAAACUUGGGAGGACGGCCUGCGAUGGGACUGUUAAGUGCUCAGGGGUGAUUGACACGGUGCUCUACAAAUGUUAAUUCUUAGAAAUACUAGGACUUCUGUGGUGCCAUAGUUUAUUACUGUUUUGUAUCAAAAUCACCAUUCUGAUAACAGGAUCCUGUAAUUUUAAAAAGUGGACUUUCUGCUUCUAAGGUAAUCCUGCUAAAGCUUAUUUCUUUACAGUGGAAAACUCCAUAUUAACAAAGAACUUUACAUUCCUAUUAAGGAUUACUUCACUUCUCAUAUUCUCCAAAGUCCCCUUGUGGUCAAUUUCAGUACCUCUUGCCACUUUUCUUAGGCUGAACCGUGAACAGGGUAGCUGGACUUCAUAACAGCUCCAGGAGCCAGUAACAAUGGGAGCAUUUGCGCUCAGCAAACUGGUCUGGUAGAGGCCACCUUUCACUGGCUUCGGGCCCACCUGCCGCUGAGGGGCAUCAGAGAGCCAAGUGGCCGUCCCUCGUUCAGGCCUUCCAGCUGCGACCUUGGGAAAGCCACACGUGAUGUCAUGCCAUGUCACCGUGGCCUUGGAUGGCUGAGGUCCUGAGCACACUGUCCUGCUAAGCUAUGGACCAGACUUCGGGCCCCUGCACGCCUUCAGCAAGUACGUGCUGGUGCCGGGCACGGCGAAGGGCUGGGGCCACCACAGGAAAUGAGAGAGACGUGGCCCUGCACUGUAGACCUCAAGCUCCCGGCCAGGAACACAAGUUGAAGCAGUCACAAGCUCAGGGUGCCGCCGAGGCCCUGAGCCCGUUUCAAGCCCACACCAGCGCGGCCUGGCCCUGUGUGGUGCGCUGUGCGUUUCCCCAGCUGCCGGCCAGCGCCCCUACCCUUCAGGCGGAGGGGCAGAGCUAGCUCUGUGGGGGACAGACACGUCGGCACUGUCGAUACACGUCAGAGGCUUGGCUGACGGGUAGCUUUGGGAAGUA